AUGGGAUCAUCGGAUAUGAGUGAAAUACCUUUGCCAUCAAUUUCUGUGGAGCCACCAUCACUAUCCCAAAAACUCAAGGAUGCUUUGAAGGAAAAUCCGUAUUUUAACGCUGGAGCUGGACUAGCUGGAAUAGGGCUCGCGCUGGGUCUACUUCGCCGAAGCGCUGUCAUUGGCAAUGCGUUCUUUCGACGGAGGUUUAUGAUUUCUCUCCAAAUCGACAACGAGGAUGCUGCUUAUCCAUGGCUUUUGGACUUCAUAAAUCGAAGGAGUGCGAGGCAGACCAGGAACCUUUCCGUUAAUACAGCAAUUUCACAAGCAGAAAGUGGGAGAACUGCGAUGAAAAUAACCUAUUUACCUGGUCAUGGUCAACAUUACUUCGUCCACAAGUAUAGAUGGAUCAAGGUAGAACGUCAACGAGAAAAGCAAACAAUUCAGAGGAAUGGAUACCGUACUCCUUUCGAAACUGUUACCCUAACAACACUGGGGACGGAUACUUCGUUUUUCAAAAACCUUCUUGAAGAAGCAUCCCAGGAGGCAAUAUCGAAGACCGAAACAGGACUAGUCGUAUACCAAGCUGUCGGUCCUCAAUGGUUACGAUUUGGUGCUCCAAGGCGUAAGAGGGACAUUGAAUCAGUAGUCUUGGAUGGAAAUAUUGCCCAAGAUCUAGUCGCAGAUUUUCAAGAAUUCACAACUUCCUCACAUUGGUAUUCUGAACGCGGUGUACCAUACAGACGUGGAUAUCUGUUCUACGGUCCGCCUGGUACGGGCAAGAGCAGUUUCAUUUCAGCUAUAGCCAGCCACUUCGGAUACAGUAUCUGUAUGCUAUCACUUAGUGAGAGAACACUUGAUGACGAUAGGCUUAAUCAUCUUCUUAACACUGCACCCGUUAACAGCGUAGUCAUACUAGAGGACGUCGACGCUGCAUUCGGUACCCGAGCGGAUGCUAUGGAUAAUCAUCCAGCUUAUCAAGGAAUGACAAGAGUAACGUUCUCGGGGCUUUUGAACUCGAUCGACGGCGUUGGUUGUGCUGAAGAAAGGAUACUGUUCAUGACCACGAAUCACGUUGAUCGUUUGGAUCCCGCUCUUAUACGCCCUGGACGCGUGGACAGAAAACAGUUCUUCGGUAACGUUACCGAGGGAAUGGCGAUAAAGAUGUUCACCAGAUUCUAUGGCCUUGACCCUUCCGAUCCACUCUGUCAGGAAUUCGUAGCUCGUGUGAAGUCGCUUGGGCGUGAGCUUUCCCCUGCAGAGGUUCAAGGACAUUUUCUGCUUUAUAAGAACGCUCCUCGAACAGCAAUUGAUCGGAUUGCAGUAGAUUUAUAA